AUGGUUGCUGCUAUAAGUCCAGCUCAUGAUAAUUAUGAUGAAACACUUUCAACAUUACGAUAUGCUAAUCGUGCGAAAAAUAUUAAAAAUAAACCUCGUAUUAAUGAAGAUCCACGUGAUGCUCAAAUGAAAUUAUUACAAGAAGAAAUAAAUCGUCUUAAACAAGAACUUCUUAAUGCAGGAAAUGCACCUGCUGGAAAUCAAUUACUACCACCAGAGAAUAAUGAACCUCCAGUUAAUAAUGAAGAAGACAUAGAAAGAGAAAGAGAAAGACUACGUGCUGAAUAUGAACGUGAAGUAUCUGAAAUACGUCGACAAUAUGAAGUAGAACGUGUAACUAAAGAAGAUCUUCAACGAAAAUAUGAUGAUUUAAGAUUACAAUAUGAUGGUGAACUUGAUGCUUUAAAUGCUACUCGACCCAAAGAUGAAAAUGUAAAACCAUCGCCAGUUGGAAAUGAACGUAGUAAAACAAAGAAGAAAGGUGGAAUUCUUAAACAAAAACGUAAUGGAGAAGUAGUAACAAAUGGUCAAGAUAUUGCUGAUGGAGAUAGUACAUCAGUACCUGUCGAUGAUAUGGAGCAACAACAAAAAAUUGAACGUUUACAGGAAUUAGAACAUAAACUUAUUGGUGGUGAAGAAGCAAAUAAUGAAGAAAGAAAAAAGAAACGUAAAAAGAAAUUAAAUGAAAUGCGUGAAAAACUUGAACAACGAAAACGUCUUAGUAAAGCAAUCAAUGCUGAUGAUGAUGAUACAUUGUUGAAAGUUUUUGAUAACGCUCAAGAAGAGAGGAAAGACAAAGUUUCUAAUAGAGAUCAACAUGGGAUAAAACUUACGUUCGAUACUGUCUUUCUGUACAAAACAGCAUGUAGCUGA